AUGUACAUGAUAAUGAUAUAGGAUUCCUUCUCUCUUUGUAAUGCUAACAACAAAAGAGAGACAAUUCUAUCAUACAAAGCUCUUUCUUCCUGUCUUGUCCUGCCCUUUUCUUUGUAUACUUCUCUACAUAUAUAGACCGGCCAGAUAUCCCAGAUUUGCCCUAUCUCAUCACCACAAUCAUCGAACCAGCGGUGAAAACACAAUACCAGAAUGCCUUGCACCACUCUCCCCACCAUGUGCGACCAGUGUCGGAUCGUGUAUACCAAGAUCCCGCGCACCAUUAACCCCAACUACCUCAACUCCCCCGAGAACAGCUACCCCGUCAUCUUCAAUGUCGUCCUGUUCGGAACCACGACCGACGCCCGGGAGUUCGUCAGAUGGGCGCUCCCCCGCCUGAGUAUAAUGUAUAGCAGGGAGGUCCCCAUGUACAGCGCCGCCAGAAGAGCCGAAAGCGGCAACGACCCAGCCGGACACUGGCAUGACCUGACCUGCCCGCCACCACUCAAGAAAGACCCCAGCUGGCUGCAGAAAUUCGCCCUAGCUGGCACGCCCUUUCGGUCUGAAAUCGAAGCGCUGAAAGCGGCCCGGACUCGUCAAGCCCACACCAAGCCGCGGGACAUCUCUCUCCUGGUUGAUUUCCCGUCGCCGAUUCAGCCCGGGGGCGAGAUCCAAAACACCAUCGUGGCCAGUUUUGUCCGGUAUGACAAAAUCCAGAGUGUUGGUGUCAUCAAGCAUCCCGAUGGUGAUACGAGCUUGUUUCGCCUCACUUGGUGGGCGGAAACUCACCCCGAGCAGCAGAGUUGAAUAUUUCUUCCCCCCCCACUUUCUUGAUUUUCUUCUAAUCUGUUCCUCUUUCUUUUGAAUAUGGCUAAUAUGCGACAGGUGUUUUGUUCUUGUGAUUGAGCUAUACAUACAUACAUACAUACAUACAUACACCAGAUAUACUAAUAGCUCGAAAACAACGCAGGACUCAAACAUACAUACGCACUCUACCUCCAGAAACCCAGUUGAGACAUGCAUAUUAACAAUAUAAAUGAAAAAUAGAAAACA